AUGGGCUUCUUUAAACGCUUCCGAAAGCAAGCUCAAGGAUCAUGGCAGGGGCUCCCACUUCCGCCCCUAGAUCAAGAUACUACACCGAUUUUUCAAACGUGGCAUGAAUUCACACCACCUGGAAACAAGUGGGCCGCCCUCGAUUUGAAAUUCCCAUCUGCGGCACUGUCGGAUUCUAGGGUUGAGGCCGCGAUAGCUUUGGACUCACCACUAGGUCUAGUUACAUGGAAUGUCGAUUCCUCCUGCAACGCUCCAGAUACGCGCAUUUCUGCUAUAAUCUCGCAUAUUCAGGGCCUAGCUUCGCCGGUGGAUAUAAUCUUCUUGCAAGAAGUAUCACAUCCCGCUCUUUUGACUUUACUGUCAAUUCCCUGGCUUCGUGAUCAAUGGUUUUCCAGUGAGGCAGACCUAACUAGGUUUGGAAAACAACCCUUCAUUAGCUUGACCUUUUUAUCAAAACUGCGCUUUGGCGUGCCAAAUUCGUCAUCUAACAAAAUUACUCUUGGCCCAGUCUGGAGGGUGAAAUAUCAAAGCCGCUUUGGGCGGGAUGCUCUCUGCUGCGAUAUUCUUUUGCAGAAUCAGCUACGCAUUCGCCUUAUUAACGUGCACUUGGACUCUCUUCAAAUUACCCCGUCCAUGCGGCCCCGGCAGCUUUCUGUCGUUGCUUCUUAUUUACGUGCGACUGGUCAUGGCCUAAUAGGUGGUGAUUUCAAUCCUGUUCUUCCCGGCGAUGACGAUCUUGUUAGUUCGAAUGGGCUUGUCGAUGUAUGGUCCCGUAUUUAUCCAAAUAAGCCUGGCUUUACUUGGGGCAUCGAUGGCAAGCAAAGAUUCCCGCCCCACAGGUUAGAUAAAGUCGUUGUUGUGGGUCUUCAGAGCAUUGGCAUUUCAAUACUACCUCCUGGAACAUGUAUGAGCAAGAACAGGUGUGAAUUGAGCCAGGUGCUACAGAACUCAAAGGAAGGCCAUCACGCUGAGCUGUUAGUACCAUGGAGUGACCAUUGUGGGCUUUUAUACUCAUUUGUAGUUGUGAACACUCAAUGA